UGGAUAUACAGGCUUCGGAGCGUACAGUCUACUGGCUGCUUGGUCAUAAUAGGCCAGUUUAACUGUAUUUCCAUCAGCUCUGACGCGUUACGUUGUUCGCCAUGACGGGAGUGUUUCUUCUCAUUAUUUCGUUAUUCGGGAAAAUAUCAGCGCAGCAAACCUUAGAUUCGAUGGAACGCCCAAUAUUUGAAGGUGAAACAACCCCGUUCCGAACAAAUUCGCGUCCAUUGCUAGCUAUCGAUCAGCAUCUUACGGAUUCGAGUGGCCUGCAAGCCAAGCCGAUUCUGGUGAAUCUACACCAAGUUUCGCCAUCAUCGCUAAUGAUUCCGUUACCGCCACAAUCUCAUCCACAAACCCCUCCACAGCUUCCGCCUCGUCCUCCAUUGCAUAUCAUUCCCCAGCAAAUUUCUCCAUCGCAGAGACUGACACCUGUUUCGCCAAAUGUACCUUCGAUUCGGCAGCCACCUGAGAGCGAAGAAUUACCUCGUGUAUCUUCCCACCUUCAAUUUCCAAGGCAGCCACUACCGUCGGACCCUCCAGGUAGGACGGUGUUAGCUCCAAGUUCAUUGGGUGUUUUAAACCAAGAUCGAAUUCGCGUUGAGGGAUUUCAGCCAAUUGAACGAAGAUUUAUACCAACAAAAAGGAAACGCUCAUUUGAGGUCCUGAGUAAUUUAAAUACAUCUGAUGAAGAGAAGGAAGACGAAUUUUUGCCGGUUGAGCCUUCUGCUCGUAGGUUAUCCGCACUCGAUUUGUUUGACCAACGCGAAUCUGAUGUCGAUAGCAAUUUGAUCAGCGAAGGCAGUGGUGUAGGUUUUCAAAAUGUUUCACGUUCUGGCUACAUCUCUUCCACAAAUCUCCGGCCCGAAUCAGGUUACCUAGCAUCUGCCACACGACUUUCAAACGAGAUCGUUAAACCUGUUAUGUCGAAAAAUCCCAUGAAUUCGCGGAUGCAGCAAGAAGAAGCAGAGGAGGAAAGCAAUGCUAUUCUGGAUCAGAAAGAGAGCUCUGGGUUUGGGGAAGUUUCAGGUGUGUCAGCUAACGAAGCAAACGUCACAGAAGCUCCGUCAUUUGGGUCUGUCCUUGUAUCUGAAGCUUCCGAAGAAAACAGCGAAGAUGUUCCGUUUGAGGUUGGACUCGUUACUAACUCGCCAAAUGCAAAUGUUACCACGGGUUCGAUCACGAAUGUAACGUUCUCUACACUUAAUCAACCACAGACAGCUGAAACGAGGCUGCCGUCAACCCGAGCCGCCGAAGGACUGUUUAUCCCAACCGCUAGUUCCAAUUCUGUUCCUUUUGUUCGUGACAGCAAAUUGCUGCGGAUUUUCAAGGAAUAUGCGGUUUUGAUUGUUGUGUGCCUACUGGGAUUGCCGGCCAUUGUAGUUCUCUGCUACUUCCUUAACUUGAAGCGGGUGAAACGGUACAGUGGCACAAUGGAUGUAACACCAAGACAGGCAAUUUGCCAUCACAAAAAAUCAGAAAGCCGUAAAACCAUUUGUUCAGAAGAAAAUGAACUAGCCUGCUCGCCACCGACUUCGUCCUCGAAAACUCCUCAACCUCCUCCAUUCCCGAAUGGUAAAAAAUACGUUCAUUGAUGCGAGGGGGUUUCCACAAAUUUAUAUUCAUAUGUUUCACUGUUGGGUUCUUAUAUUAUCUAAUACAUUACCAGGAUUAUGUGCAUCCACCGCAAACAAGCGGUUUUUUUCAAA